AUGACGGCCUCUCAAGAUACCACCACACCCCUCGUGGUCCUUGUCUCGACGCGGGCAGUCCUCACCUUUGAACAAGACAACCUCGUCCUCACACCCGCAACGAUAACAGUCUCGCCCACCACCGGAAAGAUCGUCAACAUCGUCCCGGCAGUCCUGCCAAAGACCUCCUUCCCGGCCUCCACUGAGUACAUCAACUACGGCUCAAAGCUCCUGUUACCUGGUCUCGUAGAUGCUCAUGUCCACCUCAACGAACCCGGCCGCACGGAAUGGGAGGGUUUUUGGACGGGUACGCGGGCCGCUGCCUCUGGCGGUGUGACGACCGUCGUCGACAUGCCUCUCAACGCUAUCCCACCCACCACGACGGUGGCCGGCUUCAAGGAAAAGCUUGCUGCGAGUAAAGGACAGUGCUGGGUUGACGUUGGUUUCUAUGGCGGUGUGAUUCCCGGAAACGCUGAUGAUCUGCUGCCCCUUGUCGAGGCCGGUGUCAGAGGCUUCAAAGGAUUCUUGAUCGAGUCUGGAGUUGAUGAAUUCCCAGCAGUCUCAUCGCAAGACGUGGCCCUCGCCAUGAAGAAGCUCAACGGCACACCCACGACGCUCAUGUUCCACGCCGAGAUGAUCCCUCCCAUCUCCGACUCGGUAGGCGACGCGGUCCAACAGUCGGAGCCGCCGCUGGCUCCCACCGGCGAGCUCAACUCAUAUAAGACCUUCCUCGAGUCCCGCCCGCCUUCGUUCGAGACGUAUGCUGUCGAGGAGAUCCUGUCCCUGGCCCACCUCGCGCCGGACCUCCACCUCCACAUUGUCCAUCUCUCAGCCACACAGGCCAUCCCCCUGCUCAAGGAUGCCAGAGCCAAAGGCAUCAACAUCACGGCCGAGACGUGCUUCCACUAUCUCGGCUUCGCAUCGGAAGACAUUGCCGACGGCGACACCCGCCACAAGUGCUGCCCUCCUAUUCGUGAGCGAUCCAACCGCGACGGGCUCUGGGAGGAACUCGUGGCAAAGGAUUCGUGCAUCAAGACCAUCGUCUCGGACCACUCGCCGUGUACGCCGCAGCUGAAGCUCCUCCCGAGCCACCUCGAGACUCGCACCCCGCCCGAAAGCCACUCCCCCAACAUGCACCACUCGGAUUCCGGUAUCGAUAUGACGAUCCCCGGCGAGAGCAUGGACAAGAUCCUCGCGGAGAAGACGCUAGAGGACGCGGCGGUGGCCGUGGCGGACGCGAGCUCGCGGGGCGACUUCUUCGCCGCGUGGGGCGGUAUUUCAUCCGUGGGUCUGGGUCUACCUAUCGUCUACUCCGAGGCGGUGGCGCGCAUCGCUGCUGAGGGUGAGAGUGCGGCGCCGUCGAUUGUUGAUAUUGUGCGGUUGUGCAGUCAGUCGACGGCGAAGCAGGUUGGUCUUGCGCACCGCAAGGGCGCGCUCAAGGUUGGUAUGGAUGCUGAUAUCUGCGUGUUUGACGAUGCGGACGCGUGGACACUCAGGUCUGGGGAUAUGCGGUGGAAGAACCGCUGCUCGCCGUGGGAGGGUCAUGAGUUUGCUGGUCGGGUAAAGGAGACGUGGGUCAGAGGCCGCAAGGUGUUUGAGUUUGGAGGAAAGAAUCUUGGAUUUGUUGGUGAGAGCCCGGUUGGUGAGGCUAUUACGGAAAAGCGCAUGGCGUAG